GAAGGAUGGUGGCGGGCGGCGCGCGGCGACCAUGCAAUGGCGCUCGCUGGUGCUGGGGCUGCUGCUGCUGAGGCUGGGGCUGCACGCGCUGCUCUGGCUGGCGCCCGGCCUCUGCGUGCGCCCGCGCUUCGCCUUCCCGUUCGCCGCGCGGCGCCCGCACUGGGGCUCGCUGCGCGGCGGGAGCGGGUUGCCCGCGGCGGGCCCGGCGGCGGGGCCCGGCGGGGAUGACUACGAGGCGCGCUACAGCGGCGCCUUCCCGCCGCAGCUGCGCGCGCGCCUGCGCGACGCCGCCCGCCGCAUGUUCGCCUUCGGCUACGACAGCUACAUGCGGCACGCGUUCCCCCGCGACGAGCUCGACCCGCUGCACUGCCGCGGCCGCGGGCCCGACCGCCGCGACCCUUCAAAUCUGAAUAUCAAUGAUGUCCUGGGAAACUACUCGCUAACUCUGAUUGACGCACUGGAUACCCUAGCAGUAAUGGGAAAUUCUUCAGAAUUCCAGAAAGCGGUGAAAUUGGUGAUUGACACUGUUUCAUUUGACAAAGACUCAACAGUCCAAGUUUUUGAGGCAACAAUCAGGGUAUUGGGAAGCCUACUUUCUGCCCACAUAAUAAUUACAGAUACCAAACAGCCUUUUGGUGAUAUGACCAUUAAGGAUUAUGACAACGAGCUGUUGCAUAUGGCUCAUGACCUAGCAGUGAGACUGCUUCCAGCUUUCGAGAACACCAAAACUGGAAUUCCUUAUCCUCGGGUGAAUCUGAAGAAAGGAGUACCUCCAAACAGCAAUAACGAAACCUGUACUGCCGGAGCCGGCUCCCUGUUGGUGGAGUUUGGAAUUCUCAGCAGACUGCUUGGCGAUUCCACGUUUGAGUGGGUGGCCAGGAGAGCUGUCAAAGCCCUCUGGAAUCUCAGGAGCAAUAACACGGGGCUGCUAGGAAAUGUUGUGAAUAUUCAAACUGGCCAUUGGGUUGGAAAGCAGAGCGGCUUGGGCGCAGGGUCGGAUUCAUUCUAUGAAUACCUUCUGAAGUCUUACAUCCUCUUUGGAGAAAGGGAAGACUUGGAGAUGUUCAAUGAUGCUUAUCGGAGCAUUCAGAACCACUUAAGAAGGGGCCGAGAAGCUUGUAAUGAAGGUGAAGGUGACCCUCCUUUGUAUGUUAAUGUAAAUAUGUUCACCGGACACCUGAUGAACACGUGGAUUGACUCUCUGCAAGCCUUUUUUCCUGGACUGCAGGUGUUGAUAGGAGAUGUGGAAGAUGCUAUUUGUCUCCAUGCUUUUUAUUAUGCCAUAUGGAAACGAUACGGCGCUCUCCCAGAAAGAUACAACUGGCAAUUGCAAGCACCAGAUGUUCCCUUUUAUCCACUGAGGCCAGAGUUAGUGGAAUCCACGUAUCUUCUUUAUCAGGCCACGAAGAACCCAUUUUACCUUCACGUAGGAAUGGAUAUCCUCCAGAGCCUGGAAAAAUACACAAAAGCCAAGUGUGGCUAUGCUACCUUGCAUCAUGUUGUAGAGAAGACAAAAGAAGAUCGAAUGGAGAGUUUUUUUCUCAGUGAAACAUGUAAAUAUCUGUACUUGUUGUUUGAUGAAGAGAAUCCAGUGCACAAAUCUGGAAAUAAAUAUAUGUUUACUACUGAGGGACAUGUUGUGUCUGUGGAUAAACGUUUUCGUGACUCUCUGUGGCGGGAUACCUUUCUUGGAGAAGAGGACAGCACCGAAAAAAUCAAAUCGAAUGAACUGAAGGCAGUCAACUUCAGUUCUAAUUGCAACAGAGUCCCAGAUGAGAGGAGAUACCUGCUGCCAUUGAAGAGUAACUACAUGAGACAGAUUGAUCGAAUGGUGGGCUUGAUCUGAAGGGCUCUUCAGAGUCGUCCUUAUUGUACGUCGGGAGGAGCACGGGACUUGCCUCCAGACCUGCUUGUCCUCUGCAGCUCUGCACCUGCCUAUGCUGAGUCGCUUGAGUAUCCCCAUGCUCACUGGUUUUCAAUUAUGGACCUGAAGGAAGAUCUUGUUCCCUUAGAGUUCUCUCUUCUGAGCUAUGGCAACUCCACGUGCCGCCUGUAUAGAGUUUUCUUAUUUUAAGACUUCCUAUGAAAAAAAUUAUUGCAAAUGAAGGGUGGAUAUACUUUUCAAAAAAAAGAAAAUUGGCAUGUGCCAUUUAGCUACCUCUUUGUAGCUGCAUUGAAGAUGUCCCUUUAGAAAAGGGUCUGGUAUUUAAUUUGAAAUGAUCUUGGGAUUGGGGAAGGAAUGGGAAAGUGCAAUUUCAAACAAGUUUAAUCAUUGAGUUAUUUUGACUAGCAAUACACAAUCUUAAAUACUACUCAGGUAGGAACCCACUGGUUGUGGGUUUUGGCAUAAACAAAGUGCUUUGUCUAGAACAGUAUCUCGAGAAGAUAACUUCUUACCUGACCAGGAGUUAUCAGUAUGGUCAUGAGAUCCCUUGUAUACACAGUUGUAUAGAACUGCGCAGUCACAAGAACCUCUAGCUACAGAACUGGGUAAAAAAUGAGGUGCCUUUUUUUGUAAGGGGGUAGGGAGGGGACAGGGGUGCACGAAGCUGUGCAGCGCUCUCAGCAGCUCACUUGGUAUUGCUUAGCUGAGCAGGUAUUCCAGAAGUUACUUUGAUUGUCACGCGUCUAGUGCCUCGUCAGGAGAGAUGCUGCUAAAGCAAAAAACUAUCUGACAGUAUAUGAAGAAAAAGCUGUUCCACAUUCCUAGUAACAUUAACAAGUGAGUGCCUUGCAUUUGUCUUCAGCAGCAGGAAAACUUGAGCUUUCUUGGGGAGGGGUAAAUUAUUUUUGGUUAUUUGGUUGUAAAAUUCAGUGCAUCUGUAAAGUAACUUGAGGCUUUUAUUUCUGUUUUUAGUACUAGAAGAAUAGUACCACUGUGCCCAUCCCAGAGCCUACUUCAGGGCUGGGUUUAUUUCAAAUCGGUGUAAUCGGGCUGGCUGUCGCUGCAUCCUUCGGGGCAGGAGGCCACAGCAAGUGUUAACCUGCCCCUGGUGCAGGGCACGGUUGUGGGUGCUCCAGCGUAGCAGGGUGGUGCCCACAGCUGACUGCAGUGCUCUGCUGUGCCUGUAAACUGUGCCUGUAAGCUGUGCCUUCUGCUUCCUUUGAGGAAUUCCAAAAACUGCUGUUUCUCCAGCCUGCCAUCUCCAAGUGCAGCUUAGAUACAUCUGAGGAAUGAUUGUAUGUGAGCCUUCAGGAAGGAGGCAGUCCAAAUCAGGCUGGGUUGUUUUGAGGGAUGGAAGCGAAAUGAGGCCAAACAACUUGUUCUGAGGAUAACCUUUUUGUUCGUUUUGCAGCUGGGUCCCUGUUGCUUAUGUGGUUAUUUUAUUAUUUUUAUUGUUGACUUACAGUAGCAGAACACUGUUAUUGUGUUCCUUAUUUUUAAAUUAAAGCUCAAAUAUGUGGGCAAAUGUGAUCUGCUGUAUUAUCACCUUAUGGUAAAAUUUCUAAGCCAUGUGUUGCAGUUCAGAACUCUUAACUAACAGAGACAAAGUUAGUGCUGAAUCUUUUAGUACACAAAUGCAUCUCAGGAACCUCACUAUAGAACCUUCUAUUGUAGCAGAAUAUUGUGUUUGGGCAAAAAGAAAUCCUGUCUUCCUAAUCCUAAUGAGCGUUUGUUAUGGGUUUGGGUGGGGGGAGCAGGGAGGUUGAGGGGAGGCGACAUUUAAGAUUUCUCAAAUGUUGUGAUAGGAUCAGUUGUUUUGAUAGCUGGGAGUGCAUCCGCUUUGGACAUGGUUUUGCCCCGCAGUCACUAGAAUGCCUUACAAAGAUUUGGUUGCCUGUUUCAAAGCAAGAUAACAUUCAGGGCGUUAGGAUCCAAAGAGGUGCUGGGAGGGAUGCGGGGUCUCGUUGCCCAGCCGCUGAACUGGAGCUGGACACCCCAGCUGGGUGCAGCCCGCGGGCGGUGGCACGAGGGGCUGCCCGUGCCCCGCAAGGGAGGCACGAGGUGAUGCGGGGCAUCACCAAACGCUGCUGCUCGGCCGGGCCUCUCGCUCGUCAUCACGUCGAGGUGGGGAGCGCUCGGGGCCCUGCGAGGCCUCUCCCGCCUGGCCGCGGAGCUCCGCGUGCGCCCCCACUCAGGGAGGCACUCAGAUCUGUUCCAGCGUUUCCCUCAGAGUUACACCGACGUUAUGAAGCUGCAGCUGUUCUCGCUUGGUGUUUUUCACUUCUUGUUUAUUGCCAAUCUAGAAUUAAACGUAACCGUAGAAUAGGAACAGUAUAGGUGCAUAUUGCAGCCUUUCAGCCCUUGGGGACUUGGGCCAUUAGUUACAGUGCCAAAUAGUAAAUCCUCAGCUCCUCGUUACACUCACUGUUGAAAUUGGUGUUGCCAAGUGAUCCGACAGCCUUUUUUCCACAGGAACCAUUUCUUUCUGCUGGGACACGGGUACUGACUAAGCGAUGAAAGGUUUGUGUUCUGUAAGGAGCUGACUUCUCUUCCUCUCUGUUUUAAAAAUACUUUGG